AUGUCCGUCUUCGAGUCGCUGCCAUACGACGUCCUCAUCGCCGUUGGAAAUGCAUGCGCAAAACAGGAUCUGAACAAUCUUGCCAAGGCAAAUAGCCUAUGUUACGACUUGUUCAAUCCGCUCCUGUAUUCGCGCAACAUCCGGCAAGAGGCUCCUCAUCAGUCCUGCAUCUUUUUUGCAAUUCAGUCUGAUAACAUCGACACCAUUCGGAAGGCGCUGGAGCAUGGGGCCGAUGUGAAUACUCGCGCGGUAGCGAUCCCUGCGCCUUUUCUCUUCGCUGAGCGACAUGGCGAACAUGGCGCAUGGGCACAAGACGGUGAGAUCGUCACAUUAAAUCAAGUUACAUGGAAUCAUCCAGAACCAGCGGGAGAACAGACAGUGGAUGCGGACGGUGAGAUCGUCACAGUAAAUCAAGUUGCCUGGAAUCAUGCACAGCCAGCGGGAGAAGAAGCAGUAGAUGCGGACGGAGAUGGCUCCCUAGUAGUUGCCAUGUCGGAUAUCGCGUCCGUCUUGGAAGCUCUGGACAUGACCGAGGAUGUGAUCGAGGUGCAAGCCGUUCCUACGGGCCCAACAUUCUCCUACACCCCUCUUCAAUGUGCGACGUUCUUCCGUCGGCGUGAAAUUGUAGAAUACCUGUUGCAGCAUGGAGCAGACCUCGAUGCCACGGCUCAGGGAAGCUGUGACUGCCUCGAUGAUGCUGAAGGUGUCGGCGUCCUCCACAUCGCACUUUCUCAUGGCCAAGGGGAUGGAGACGCCUUGGCUAUAGCAAGGAUUCUGAUCGAACACGGAGCUCGAGAUUCGGCAAAGGGGCAUCCGGCGAUCUUUGAAAUUGUCGCGAACGCAGAGGUCGAACUCUUCGACGUCAUGGUAAACAACCAUGAAGUGGACAUUCAUGCCACCGACAAAUCAGGUCGAAACCUCCUCCACUUGGCUGUUGACACUAUUGAUGGCGCUUGCUUACCGCUUUGCCGAAACCUUCUCGACAGAGGUGUGGACGUCAACCACAGAGACAACGAGGGACGAACACCGUUCUCGUCCAUGGUGACGUCCGGGGAUUAUGUCCCAGCCGCCAUACUUCUCCUCGAACGUGGGGCCGACCCUACGCUUGCGCUUGUCAAUCACGAUGGCACUCGUCCCCGGAGUAUGCUUGACGUAUGCAUUUUCGACAUCGAAGACUAUCCAUCAGGUAUCCCUUGGAAACACGACGGAUAUGUUAGGGAGCAGACGCAAAGGACCCAGCUCGUGAAACUUUUGCUGGAAAGGGGCAUACCGCCGAACUCGAGACGCGGCUCCCGAAGCCACCACAAAGCCCUGACUAGAGCACUAUUCGGUGCUGCCGCUCACCUGAGGGAUGUCAACUGCAUGCAAGUGUUGAUUGAUGCUGGCGCCCGAGCUGAUUCCACCAUUGGGAGAGCCUUCUACAGGGAUAAAUGGUCUCUCUUGGUCGCUUUUGUCAAACAUGAGGCUCGACAAUGGGGUUUUUUACCAUUUGACGACAUCCCGGAAGAGAUAUCGAUGACAAAUCGUAUUCGCCUCCUGUUGGACAACGGGGCUCCUUUGGGUCCUGUCAGGAGCACCAACGAGCACGACAGGGUACGGUUGUCCAGGAGGCCACCACCAAAUGGGGGUGAUGAGGCAGAUGGGGGAGAGUUCAUCAACCUGGUGCAGUUGGUGGAUGAGAGCGAGGAGGAAAAUACAGGGACAUGGGACGCGUAUUCUAUUCAAGGCUUUGGUUCGGAUCUCUUCGAGUUUAGCGAGGGCACGGGGACAACAAAUUCCUCCGCUAUGGAGGUUGCUUUUGAACUCGCUGCAUCAGACAGGAAGGCAACUUUCCGCCCCGAAGUUGGCUUCAAACUGAACGACAUAUUUCUCGAUAUCUUUUGUGAAUAUGCCACAAGCCGCAACGUCACGGAGGAGCAUCUUAGCGAUUUGAUAGAGGACUAUGAUGAGGAAGAGCGUGAUGACGUGAGUUCAGGCAAAGAGUCUUCAGGUAGGCACAAAGCUGCCUGGGACAAGUUGGUUCAGCUUAGGGACAGAUUAUAUCCAGGCCAUCAGCAUAGUUGA